AUGAUGCACGCCUUCCCAAUCAGGCAACGACACUCGACGCGCGACGCGUUCUUAUCGCAUCCUGCCCCAAAUGGUAUCCCUGAGUUGUCAACAGAGCGCUUAUUUCGGAACACAGUCGAGUCUUCAUGUUUACUGGAUGUGGAGUACAUAAUUUACCUCCAUUGGCAUGAAGGCCGAGAAUGCAUCAUUACCCGCUUUAAGAAGAAAGCCCUCGGACGGAAUCGAAUCGAGAUCAUGGCAACCAACAACAACAACAACAACAACAACAACAACUCCUACUCUAUCUCCUCGAACUCUCGCACGAAACUAAACGCAUUCCGCUACAAAGAAGAGACGGUGGCGCCCGACAACACGAUAUCGAAGAAUGCGACGAAAGCUGUGCAAAACAACAAGGAAAACCAAAGUUCAUGGUUGAAUGGAGUGGUGGAACCAAUGCAACCAUCUACCGAUAAAGUCGAUCCUCCGCCUCAAGCAGUACCGUUGAAUGAGGAAACAAAACCCGUGAAGGAAUGUCCUCAAACACCGGGAAACCGUAUACCUCUCGCGGACUUGAUCAGCAAUGCCGAAGAUGCCUUUGACCCUGCGCCAGGUCCGGAGGUAACCCCAGUUGAUCAUGUCAUUUGGCAACACGUUCCAGCAAGCUCGAAUCCAGAUGCUUCGUCUCAGACACCCGCAGGCCGUCGGAGGAAGCGGCGUCACAGCUCAUCGUCUGCCGGUUCUCCGACCAAUGGAAACUCCAAGAAGGCCCAGAAGGAGCCACUCGAUCUGCAGUCAAUCCAGGCUCUGUUCAAGACACCCCAGCAUGAUCUGGCGACUGAGCUUUGGAAUAAUUACAUGGACAAGAAUAUGGUCGAUGGAACGGAUGACCUUCCCCCACCCCGUCUUGCAAAUCUGCUCUCCUCUUCGCCACAAACCCCAGCUUCAGGAAGGACAAGCCGAGACUCAUCCGGUUUGAGGCGAUCAAUUAGCUGUGCUGCCGAAUGGCCUACAUCCCGCGCAAAACGGAGACGGGUCAAUCGUCAGGACCCGGGCUCCGGCCGAGGCAUCUUCUCUCGUACGAGGAGCGAUGUCUUGGGCUCGGGAAAGAACAAAUCAUCCAGAAUCAAUUUCCUCCUGGACAAGAUUGAAAAGAGCCUCCAACCGGUCCCGCAAGUCGAAAUGGGCCCGCCAAAUUCUUCUCCGUUGCGGCAACGCAUGGACGCACAAAGAUGUCGUUCAUCGUCUCCCACAAUGGACCGAAAGGGCCUAGGGGAUGCAGAAGCUGCCAGAGAAUCUCUUUUAGGCAAGGCUGCCGAUGUCUCGGGGGCUACCAGAGAUCCAAUCCUUCAAGAUUCGGAGUCUGAAUUUGGAGACGAUGAUCUUGAUCAAGAUUUUAUGGAUCUGGCCGAUGUCGCAGAAGAUCCCUUCGUUGCUCCUUCGGCUGAUCGCAAUGAAUUUGACUCACUGGGCUCUUCUGCGUGGUCAAGUCUAGCUGUAGAGAAGCCUGGAUCCAGCCACCCGAGGUUGCAAUCCAUAAAUGAGACGAAACAACCAGCCAUGCAAAACCUUAUGAAUAACGAAACCAAACCUGACGACUCUGACAAUUUUGAAGACGACUUUGGGGACUUUGAUGACGACUUUGAGGACGCCCUUGCGGAAUGCGAUGCAAAGCCGAUUAAUGCAUCCAAACCACCCAGCGUGGAGCUUCAUUCUGUGCGGAAACUGAAUGCAGACCCCGUCAACUCUGCUCCUCAAUUUCAAACCCACGUACCACAGCUAUCCACUAAUGGCGCUGCUGCGCUCUCUGAUGAUGAAUUUGAUGACGAUUUUGAUCUGGAUGCCAUCGAGCAGACUAUGAAACAGACUGGUGAAGAUGCAGCUUACAAUCUCAAUUCUCGGAAAGCUAUCAAGCGUUACCAGGUCGUGGAGACCGCAGAGAGUUCGUAUGUCAAUUCACGAGGACGUACGCAACCUGAGCAGGUUCUAUCAGUCAAGGAUGAGAAGACCGAUGCCCGCAAGGUCAUCAUUCUGCGUGAGUCGUGGUGUGACACACCCUGCAGUAAAGAUUCAUUCAUUCAUCUGGUUGGAGACUUCGACUCAGCCGGUCAUUGCGUCGUGGACAAUACCAACCACAUGAUCAUUCUUCAUCCAGAUCACUUGAUAUCUGCUACUGUUGUCGCAGACUCGGUGGACUGUCAACGUCGUGCGGUGCUUCAAGACCGCGUCAAAGUUUUCGGCCAGAUUGAACAGCCACAAGCAUUUGGAAUCAUCUUUCACGAGGUCUUUCAAGAGGCACUCAUGGCAAACAAGUGGGAUCUGGACUCACUGAGAUUACUGGUCGAAAAGGUUCUCAAAAAUCAUGUUGAGGAGUUGUACACAAUCAACAUGAGUACAUCUCAGGCUGUCGAGACCAUUAUGGGCAAAAUCCCUCAGGUACAGGCCUGGGCAGACGCCUUUCUCCAAACCAAACCCAAGGCAAAUUCCCUCGUUGAAGAUCGCAAUGGUGCAAAGCUCAAUCUGAGUAUAACCAAACUGCUCGAGGUUGAAGAGCAUGUGUGGUCUCCAAUGUAUGGCCUCAAAGGCAAUAUCGAUGCCACAGUGCAAGUCGCCUGCCAAGACAAAGAUACACUGAAGAAUCUCGUUGUUCCACUCGAGUUGAAGACGGGUAAAAGGGACACAAAUCAGGGGCAUAGAGCCCAAACCGCUCUCUACACGCUUCUGCUUUCGGAUCGCUAUGAUGUCGAUGUGAAAUUCGGUCUCCUGUACUAUCUUGAGCUCUCCAAGACACUUAGCAUACGUGGCAUUCGUCAUGAGCUUAUUCAAAUGAUUCAAGUGCGAAACCGCCUGGCAGGGUAUAUCCGCGAGAGGAUGCAGCUUCCGCCAAUGCUUAAGAAGGCGCAGAUGUGUAAUAAGUGCUACGCGAAGACGCCGUGCCUUAUAUACCACAAGCUGGCAGAAGAUGGCAAUGGUGAGACAAGCGCCCUUGGUGAAGACUUCGAAGCUUUUACGAAGCACCUAAACCAAGGGGAUCGUGACUUCUUCCGCAAAUGGGACGAGCUCUUGACUAAAGAGGAAGGAAACUUGAUCAAGUUCAAACGUGAGCUAUGGACUUUGCUAAGCGAUGAGCGUGAGUCCUACGGUCGAUGCUUUGGAGAUGUCGUGAUCGACCCGCGAACUGCACACGAAGACGAAAACGGAACAAGAAUCAACCGCUUCAGAUACACAUUUCACAAGCGGAAAGCAUCCCCUGGCUUCUCCUUUGCAGAAUCACAGAUUUCAGUCGGUGAGCCAAUAGUCGUUUCUGACGAGAAGGGCCAUUUCGCACUCGCCAACGGCUAUGUGACUCAUGUGAGCACCUCGCACGUCACAGUUGCCGUCGAUCGCCGACUACAAAACGCGAGAGCCAAGACAGUCGGCUUCGAUGCGAUCUCGAAUCAGUCUUUUAGGGGAAUCAUGGAGAUUGGGAAUGACGGACUCUCUGAGCUGCAAGACCCCAACGAGCAACUGGUCUAUCGAAUCGACAAGGACGAGUUUAGCAACGGCAUGGCUAUUGUUCGAAACAACCUUAUUUGCAUGAUGGACAAAGAUCUUUUCCAGUCGAGGCACCUGCGGCGACUCAUCAUUGCGGGCCAACCACCUGUGUUCAAACCGACGUCUUCUGCAUACAAACUUCCCGAUUCAGGAAGCCUCAACGUGGAUCAAAAGCAAGCCAUUGAUAAAGUCAUGAGUGCCAAGGACUACGCCCUAGUGCUUGGAAUGCCUGGCACGGGCAAGACUACCACCAUCGCACACAUCAUUCGAGCUCUAGUGGCGCAGGGAAAGAGUGUUCUUCUGACAUCCUACACACAUACUGCCGUGGAUAAUAUUCUUUUGAAGAUCCGCGAUGAUAACAUUCGCACGCUACGCAUUGGUGCAACCACGAAGAUUCAUCCAGAGGUUCAGCAGUUUGCCGAUCUUGCGGCAAUUCCAAAGAAAACCAUUGAAGAGCUCAAGGAAUCGUACGAGAAACCGCAGGUUGUGGCGACGACAUGCCUGGGUGUCAACCACAACAUCUUCAACCAGCGAAUCUUCGACUAUUGCAUUGUCGAUGAAGCUUCACAGAUUACUCUUCCAGUCUGCCUUGGUCCGAUUCGCAUGGCAAGAACCUUUAUUCUUGUUGGCGACCACUAUCAACUUCCCCCGCUGGUGCAGAACAAGGCCGCUCAGGAAGGAGGCCUUGAUGUCAGCUUGUUCAAACUGCUUUCAGAUGCACAGCCAGACUCUGUUGUCAAUUUAGAGCAUCAAUACCGCAUGUGCGAGGAAAUUAUGCUCCUUUCAAACACUCUGAUCUACUCCGGUCGCUUGAAAUGCGGCACGCCACAGGUCGCUGCUCGCUCGCUGGAGAUCCCAAAUAUACAGGCCUUAAAGCAAUUCCAUACCGAUGACUUCUAUCCCACCCAGUCCAAGCAAGAAAUCUGCCUUGGAACGUGCCAUGGACGCUGCUGGCUUAAUGACCUUGUGGUGCCAUCUGCCAAAACUCUUCUCGUCAACACGGACACCUUGGGGGCAUCCGGUCUUGAAACUGCACAAGGACAACGAGUCGUGAAUCAUUUGGAGGCUAUCUUGUGUACUCAACUCGUGGAGGCACUUAUCGCUUGUGGCAUUCCUGCUCGAGACAUUGGCGUCAUCACCUUCUAUCGCAGCCAACUCUCCAUUCUGCGCCAGAACCUUCGUCACUAUUCCCCAGAGCUCGAGAUGCACACUACCGAUAAGUUCCAGGGCCGUGACAAAGAAAUCGUCAUUCUCAGCUGCGUUCGUAGCAAUGCCGAGAAUCAUGUUGGAGACCUCUUGCGUGACUGGCGACGAGUCAAUGUUGCGUUCACUCGUGCCCGGACCAAGCUUCUUGUGCUUGGCAGCAAAUCGACGCUUCGUGACGGCAAUGAGCUUCUGGGCAAAUACGUCCGUCUGGUGGAAGGUAAGGGCUGGGUUUACGACCUCCCUCCUGGCGCAGCCGACAGUCACGUUUUCCAAUCCGCUGCUCUCGAUGCCACUCAGAUGCCAUUCCAAUCUCCGAAUGCGGCUAGGAGUCCUGGAUCCACGAGAAACAGAAUGAGUCCCGCUGUCAAGAAGAAGUCAGCAUCAAGAGAGCCUCUCAGUCCCCUGGGCUCCCGACAACCUUCUUCGAGCCUGAAGAGGCCUGCAAAGCGGGGUGUGAAGCUAUUCAAUGGCAACUCUGUUGUGGGUAAUAGGCCCAUUCUUAAAGACCUGGUGAAUGAUAUUGCUGGUUGA